AUGGAAGAUGUCCCAAUUGACCAAUACUCUGGAGAAUCAUCAUCGACCUUAUCUCGACGGCUUGGGUCCUAUCACACGUGGGUUUGGGCUCCGAAUGCGCUCGAGGCUAAGGCAGGCGAACGCUGGUUCCGUGCUCUCGGGUUUUCUCUUAUCAGCUCGGCAAAAAAUCCUGGGAUGGUCUCCAUCUUGGGCCGCUUUGGUGUGUGGGCUCUCGAGUCUCCCCCGUAUUCAAUGUUUGUCAGCCUGUGUUGGGAUGUGAAUGGACGAGGAAAGGCCUUAUCUGAUACUUAUCUUGAUAGCUGGAGGAGAUCAACUGGUCUGGGCAGAAUAAGAUUACGGCAUAGCAACAGACCCCAACCCGGGGAAUUGGCUAGUUCAUGCUUAUUGCUGCGGUUUAUUGCAGCAUUGCAUGGCGGCCCCGGAUCAUUCUAUGGGGUUGACAUGUCUCUGCGGGGCCCGACGGGGCCCAAAGGCGUAAAAAUGACUCGUCGGCUGGCUGGGGGUUCCUCGGAUUCGUUUGAUAACGGACGGGAAACAUUCCCAGCCCCCCGGCCCAAGGUUCCGGUUCCGGCGAUCCGCUCCAUUAACAACGAUAUCGAACCAAUUUACUCAAAGGUAGCCGAUUUCUUUGGGGCUUGGGUGCUUUGCUUGGAAUGUCCCGAUCUGGCACGAUUGACUAAGACUCUCAAUUCCAAUGACAACUAUCAUUCGUCCAAGGAGCCAGCGGCAGCUAAACGCGCACUACAUAUUAGCCUCAUCUACACAAAGCAUCUGCCAAAAAGUCAAAAUAUGCUGCAGUUAAGAUGUCAUCUCUUGAAUAUUGCUGGUGCACAUAAGCAGGAGAAGUGGACCAUCUCAAUUCAGCAAUGCAUGCAAUCACAAUUUUCUCAAGAGUGUUUCUUAUCUAUUGGCGGGCGUGCUCGUUCGCAAAAGUUUGACAAAGUGAACUUGGGGAUACGCGAUUCCCAGACUCGGCUCUCAACUCCAACUAGACUGUUCGUGCUUAGCAGCAUUGAAGCUCCGGUUCUGAGAACUCAGAUAGAUAAGACCAAACUUAACAUUGCAGCAACAAUCUCACCCCGCAAUUUGGAAAUCGCAUUGAAUGAGUUUGUGGACCUUGUACGACCAAACCGCUGUUCAAGUAAGAAAGGCGCUACGGGCAAAAUCAUUGUUCUCAAAGCUACUUCUGUAGAGUACUCAACCUUGAGGCACCCUAGCCUGUGUGACCACGCCGUCUCUCAGUGCCUGCAAGGGGGUUUUUUCGCUCAGAUGUUUCCUUUCUUCCGCCAUGACAUUGCGAAGUUCAACAAAUUCUGGCCUUGGCCUUCUCGUCAGGUGGCCCGUAUCGGGCUUCUCGAGGCACGAUCUCCUCACCGUGAAGUGGUUUACUCACCUAAUUUGUACACCGUGAUCUCACCUCUCUACACCUCACUUCACCUACGACUUCUCGUUGGGCUAUCUAGGCCAGCUCCUUCCUCCCUCGAUUUACCCAAAAAGGAAAUAGAAGCAAGCAAGUCCCGUGAUCUCCCUCUUCGUCGCCGGGCUACACGAGUAUCUCUCCUCAGCCUCCCACCACGCAGCCCUGAUUUUUGUUUUCUCCCCCCGCAAACCAGAACAAAGAAGCACUUCACCGUCAGUGCCUCCUUGGACGAAGAUUCCCUUCUCACUCCCUCACUCUUCCUCCCUCAUCGACUCCUCAUCUGGCUCUCUCUUUCUCUCCCUUUCCUAAAAUCCCAAUCAUUAAUCAUUGUGCGACUUGGCUUCCUUCAAAUUUCCUUACGCAAAGCAAAAGUACAAGCUCUAGACUAG